GUUCCAAGCCACUGUCUCGCCGUAAUAAGUGGCCUUCCCAGGAGUUCUCGUCCAACCAGCCGGUCUAGGCUCCUCCCGGUCCACGGUUCUUCCUUAUCAUUCCCGCUUCUCCCCUUCCACUGGUUCAAUCUCGCCUUCUGGUGUGUGUGCCCGAGCCCCGAGGCGGUUCCUAAAAUGAGUACUCGUUUCCGCCUGGGAACCAACCCCUGGCGCCUCAGGCUCGCCCGGCCCGGGCUGAGGUGGCUGCUGGGGCUGGGGCUGUUCCUGGGGCUUCAGGCUUCCCGCAGCGCAGCUUUCUACCUCCCCGGGUUGGCUCCAGUUAACUUCUGCGAGGCAUCCCGAGAGACUGCAACCUGCAAGUCCACAGUAGCACUGUUUGUAAAUAGAUUGGACUCCGUGGAAUCUGUCCUACCUUAUGAAUACAAUACCUUUGACUUCUGUAAAGACUCUGAAAAGAGAAAUCCUUCUGAAAAUCUUGGACAAGUGCUAUUUGGAGAACGAAUAUCAUCAUCUCCUUAUAAGUUUCCUUUUAACAGGACAGGAACAUGCAUAAAAGUUUGUGUAAAAUCCUAUGAUACAGCAAAUGAUGACCAGGAGAAAAAGCUGGCCUUUUUGAGGAAAGGAAUACGACUGAAUUAUCAGCAUCACUGGAUUAUUGACAAUAUGCCUGUAAUAUGGUGCCAUAAUACAGGGGAUGGAACAAAGUGCUGCACACCAGGAUUUCCGAUAGGAUGUUUUAUUACCAAAAGUGGCGAAUCGAAACAUGCCUGCCCUAUCCAUCCUGAAUUCAACAAAAGUAAUAUUUACUUCCUCUUCAACCACGUUGAUAUUACUAUUGCAUACCACGAGGACAGUGGAAGAAAUGGGGGUUUUGCGAGAUUGGUUUCUGCUAGACUUGAGCCCCAAAGCUAUAAGCAUUCAGGUGAAGGCCGCCUAGCCUGUAAUGGACCCCCUAUGGAAAUUCCUGAAGAACAUACAGAGAAGUUUAAUGUAACCUACACUUACUCUGUGCAAUUUGAAGAAAACAAAAGCAUCAAGUGGGCAUCUAGGUGGGACUACAUUUUGGAUUCCAUGCCUCAUACCAACAUUCAGUGGUUGAGUAUUAUGAAUUCCUUUGUUAUCAUUCUCUUCUUAUCUGGCAUGGUGGCUAUAAUUAUAUUGAGGACUCUUCAUAGAGAUAUUAUCAAAUACAAUGAGAUGAGUUAUUCUGAAGACGCCCAGGAGGACUUUGGUUGGAAGCUGCUUCAUGGGGAUGUAUUCAGACCACCAAGGAGUAGAAUGUUGCUGUCAGUUUUCCUGGGCCAAGGAACACAAGUUUUGAUCAUGACGUUUAUCACCUUACUUCUGGCCUGCCUUGGUUUUCUAUCCCCCUCCAACCGAGGCGCUUUAAUGACCUGUGCCGUUGUACUCUGGGUCCUUCUGGGAACCCCUGCCGGAUAUGUGUCUGCAAGAAUGUAUAAGACACUUAAAGGUGUUAAAUGGAAGACAAACUUUUUGCUGACGGCACUAUUAUGUCCUGGUGUCGUCUUUGCCGACCUCUUUUUUAUGAACGUGAUUCUUUGGGUGGAAGGUUCAUCGGCUGCCAUCUCCUUCGGUACUCUGAUAGGGAUUCUUGCAAUGUGGUGUGGAAUUUCAGUACCCCUAACAUUUGUGGGUGCGUACUUUGGAGCCAAGAAAAAGUUUAGGUUUCCAGUUUGCACGAACCAGAUUCCCCGUCACAUUCCUCGGCAGAGUUUUUUUACGAAACCACUGUUUGGCAUCAUGAUCGGUGGCAUUUUACCUUUUGGCUGUGUUUUCAUUCAACUCUUUCUCAUUCUGAACAGUAUUUGGUCUCAUCAAAUGUACUUCAUGUUUGGCUUCCUUUUCUUGGUCUUUAUAAUUCUCCUGAUUACCUGCUCAGAAGCUUCGGUUCUGCUGUGUUAUUUCUACUUGUGUGCUGAGGAUUAUCACUGGUGGUGGAGAGCCUUUUUCACUAGCAGUUUUACAGCUGUUUAUCUUCUGAUAUAUACAGUUCAUUACUUCACCAAACUUCAAAUCACAGGCACGGCAAGCGCCGUGUUGUAUUUUGGGUACACAAUGGUCAUGGUCCUGAUUUUCUUCCUUUUCACAGGGACAGUUGGGUUUUUUUCCUGCUUUUGGUUUAUCAUUAAAAUCUACAGUGUGGUGAAAGUGGAUUAAAGAACGCACCCAGGGGCUUCCAGGCACAUCACCGUGGCUUUGGAAUAUAUACUUCUGUAUCUAAAUGAACAUCUAUAAAUAGAUAUCACUUAAAAAUCUCAUUGUCUGGCUUCCGUUUGUAUGACACAAAAUACCGAGUGUGUGGAAAAAACAGGUUGGGAAACAGGUUUAUUCAAAGUCAGACCAUUCUGAAAAGAUAGCAUAAAAAAGGUUUAAUUGAAAGCAAUUAGAGCAAGGGAGGCACAUUUCCUUACGAAAUGAAAGGUGAGCACACUGGCUUUUCAGAUGAAAUGUUUUUUUUUUCUUUUUCCUUUUUCUUCCUCAUUUUGUAUAUGGCAUCAGAACUAUCGUCAAAUAAAUGUUAAAUAAAACGUGAAUUUUUCUAACGUCAGUGAAUUGGACAAACUGUAUUCCAUUCUUGUAGUUGAUCAUUUUAUCUAUCUAUCUAUCUAUCUAUCUAUGUAUCUAUCUCUAUGCCCAUUGUGGGGUUUGAACUCAGGACCAAGAGUCACGUGCUCUACUGACUAAGCCAGCCAGGUGUCCCUGGGUGACCAUUUUAAAAAUGCACAUUGGUUUAGCAUAUACAGUUUAUGAAAUACCAGAUACCGCUGUCAUAUUCUUCAAUUAAAUCUGCACAUUUCUGGUUA